AUGAACGCCGAGGCCGUCUCGCUCCAGCCAUUCCUAAGCCGCCGCGCGCCCCUGUACUUUAUGGCGGGCAAUAGUGCGCUUGGCGUCUACUGGCUCCUGCGCAUGGACACGACGUUAUCGGCGUGGACGACCCAGCUUGUGCUGCAGGCAAUGGCUUGGAGUGGCUUUGUGUGCGCCGCCUCGAUAGCACCGGGCGCUGUCGUCCACGAAGCGUCGCUGCGCGACUCGUACACUGCGUGCAUGGGUCGCCUUCUCAGCGACAGUGGUGAGGACGGCCUCCACUUGCUCGAGAACGUCCGGCUCUGUCAUACGUGCUGCGUUGAAAAGCCCAUCGGCUCCAAGCACUGCCGGUUCUGCAAGACGUGCAUCCUUCGCUUCGACCACCAUUGCCCGUUCAUCAACAACUGCGUUGGCCAGCGCAACUAUACGUUUUUCCUUCUCUACGUGGGCGCGAUGGCGGCCGCGUCCGGGCACUUGGCGUAUCACUGGGCGAUCCACGGCACCUCGACGGCGGGUAGCGUUCUCGGGGCGCUCUACUAUGGCGGUGUCGGCGUCGUCGCCGGCAACUUGUUUUGCUUUCAUCUCUUCCUUGCGUCCAUUGACAUCUCGACCAACGAGUACCGCAACCGGCACCGGUACACGCACCUCAAAGACCGUACUAGUACGUUUGUGUCGUUUACGAGCCCGUGCAGCGACGACUGCGUCCCAAAAUGUCUCGCGCGGCUGUGCAUGAGUCUGCCGCCACUUCCCCAUGGGCUUCGCCGCCGCGCUUUGUCGCUCCAAAGCAAACUCGCCACCCACGAGAGUGGCGGGAAGGUUCUCAGCGUCUAG